AUGAAAAGCUUUAGACGACUAAUUUCAUGUGCUGCAAAUCCAAUAUGGGAAAUUGAACCUUAUUUAGAAGAAAAAUCAUAUCCAUGGUUAUAUCCAGAAGGAAAAGGAGGUGAAGCAGAUCCCGAACGACCUUUGCAAAUAAGCAUACGAGAUUAUUAUAAACAACGAUUGAAGUCUUCUGACAAUCGAUGGCAAAAGGAUCCGACUUGGAUUUUUCGUGCACUUAAUUUAUUACAAAGACAAGAUUUAUGUCGAUCAGUAAAUUACCAUGCCAAAAAAAAAUAUCAACAUGGAAAAUUGUGUUACCAAAUUUAUCCCGAUAUAGGCAUGGUUAUUCGUGGUUCUUCAGCAUUUUGGGAAAAAGCAAGACGUCAUCUUAGAGCUAUGUAUGCAACAUUAGGAAAACCUUUUAUUUUUCUUUCAAUUAAUUUACAAGACGAUGUUGAAUUUUUAACUAAUAUUGAUCCUGAUAAAUUUGGUUCAACGAAUAAUCCUAAUUUUCAAGCUAUUGAUUCUUUAUCUGAUGAUGAAUAUCUUAUGUUAGUCAAUCAAAAUGCAGCACUUGUUGCAAGAAUGUGUAAACGUCGAAUAGCAGCUUUCGAAGAAUAUAUUAAUGACAAGAAAUAUCCAUUUCUUAUUGAUUAUGUUGUUUCUCACUAUUUUUUCAAAAUUGAAUUUCAACGAGAUGGAUUACCUCAUCUACAUACUUUAUUAUGGGUUGAAAACCCUCCUUCUACAGAAACAACUGAAGGAAGACAAGCAAUACUCAAUUUUGUUGAUAAAUUUCUUACUACUGAAUUACCAGAUCCGAAUGCUGAACCACACCUUUACAAAUUAGUUCGAAAAAAGCAAUGGCAUGCACACACAUUCACAUGUAGUAAAAAUAAACCAAUUAUAAGAAGACGAAGAGAAAGAAAACAAUUAACAUCUGAACUGAAUGAUAAAACACAAGAUAACUUACAUCAUAUGUAUAGCAUUAAUCGAAGUAAUGAAGAGGAAAUAUAUGAAAAAGUAGACCCAGAAAACGAUCCUGAUUUACUUCGAAUGAAGGUUGAAAGACGAGAGUUCUUCGAGCGAGCUAGAUGUCGAUUUGGCAAACCUGAUCCAUUAGCUGCUAACACACAUUUUCGUACUCACAAUGAAUCUAGAAUAUUGACACGUGGUGAUCGUGAUAUUAUCAUGAAAAGAACAACAGAAGAAUCUCGUAGAAUCGUUCCAUACAAUAUUAAUUUGCUUAAAACAUUUAAAUGUAACCAUGAUGUGCAAAUUGUAACUGAUCCUUGGGCAGCGGCUGAGUAUCUGUUUUCUUAUAUUAGUAAAGAAGCUCAUAUGGAAAAGGAUCUCGUACAAAAAUUAGCUGGAUGUACAUGUUCAACUGUUGAAGAAGCGAGAAAAGUUUUGUUAAAAGCAGGCAAUGCUGUAUUAUCACAUAGACAGAUUGGAAAAGUAGAAGCUGUAUGGUUGAUUUUAGGUAUACCCUUGUAUCGAUGUUCGAUGGCUACUACUCAUUUAUAUAUAUCUUUACCAUCUUACGAAGAUCGUAUACUAAAGAACGUUAAUUUUAAUAUCGAUUGUAUUACUGAAGAUGAUUUUGUUACAACAAUAAUUCAUCGAUAUUCACAAAGACCUUCAAUACCAGAAGUUAUUAAUAAUCUAACUUUAUUCGAGUUUGCAGUUUGGUUUUCAACCGAUUAUAGUGAUUCAACACAUGAAGAUGAUCAAAACGAUUCAUUCACAAUUAAUCCAUUAUGGCGAAGUAGUUAUGAUGAACCGCCAUUAUUGAAAAUGUCUAGACGGCUACCACGUAUUAAACUAGCAUCUGAUCAAAAAAUGCGUCAACAUGAAAAUCCUAAAUGUGUGACAUUUACUUGUCUUCAUGAUGAUACUGCACAAUGUAUUUAUAGUAUUUUAUGUUUAAAUAUUCCAUUUCGAGAUGCAGUACAAGAAUUUCUAGGUGGUCAACAAGAACCACAGUUAUUUGAUCUACACCAAGUACUUCUAAAACACAAAAUGCAAAUAUCUGCACAAAUUUUAACAUUACCUGAAACAUAUCGCAUUCAACUAAAAAAUGUUUUAGAUCAUUUGAUAAAUAUUGAUAAACAAAAUUAUAGAAUAAAUCAUCGUGAAUCUUAUAUAUUUACAAAUCCAACAGAAAAUGAAGAUGAUACAAUUUAUAAUUCGUCAAAACAAACUAAUCUCGAACAAUCAUUAGUAUAUAAAGAAGGAAAUUUGUUUGAAAAUAUCGAUACUACUACAUUAAUUCCAUCACAAGCAUUGAUAGCUAUUCGAAACACAGAGAAUGCUCAACAGAAAUAUCUUCUUGAUUUUAUUCAAGCAUAUUUAGAUCACUCACUAAAAUACUCUAGACGACCAAGUCAUGUAGCAAAACCGAAACCAUUUCAUAUUGUUGUCAAUGGCCUGGCAGGAUCUGGUAAAUCUUAUGUUAUUUCUAUAAUUGAAAAGAUGCUUCAUGAAUAUUGCAUUUCGGAAUCUGCUGGAGUUUCGCGUCCUCAUAAAAAUUUUGGUUUGCUUAAAAUGGCUCAUACUGGAAAGGCAGCGUUAAAUAUUCAUGGAUCUACAAUACAUUCUGCUCUUGAAAUUUGUCCUGAUGGUAGUUCAUCGCCAAAUAAACUAAACUCUUAUAAACUUCAUACGUUAAGAAAUCGAUUGAAUGGGUUAAUAAUGAUUAUCAUAGAUGAGAUUUCUCUUGUUUCACAUGCAUUAUUUCAAAAAAUUAACAAACGUCUAAAUGAAAUAUUUCGUACAUCAGACAAAAGCGAUGUGUAUUUUGGUGGUAUUCCUAUCAUUGUAUUCGGUGAUAUGGCUCAAAUUGAACCAGUUGCAGCUAAACAAGUAUUUUAUCGUCCAUUAGGUGAAUUAUUUUCUCUCUGGCAUGAUUUGUUUCGACCUAUAAAUUUUGACAUCAACAUGAGACAAGGAAAUGAUCGCAUUUUUUUUGAUUGUUUGUGUCGAAUGCGAAUGGGUUAUUUGGACGAAAAAACUGAAACUUUGAUUAAAUCCAGAAGUAUACGACAACAAGAUAAUCCUGAAGGCUAUCAAGAGCGAUUGAAAGAACUGCAUUCAUCAGAAUUUCAAGAUGCUAUUUAUGCUUAUGGAGUUCGUAAAUUGACAAAUUUAAAAAAUAUAGAAAAACUAAAGAAACAUGCAUCUGAUACUAAAAAUCCUAUUUUUAUGGUUAAUGCUUUGGAUAGAGUAGCCAUGAUUAAUACACCUUUCUUCAAAUCUAGCAAAACAAGUCAUAGAACGUGCAAAAUUAACCUUAAGCCUUCAUCUGAUGAAAAUGAAUGUGGUUCAUUGUAUCAACGCUUGCCUAUUUGUGUUGGUGCACGCGUUCUUAUAAGACGGAACAUUGAUCAAGACAAUCAUGUUGUUAAUGGAACUGAUGCUAUAAUAAAAGAGAUAGUGUGGGAAGAUUCCACAGAUUUUCUUUCACCACCAACAACAUCGGAUGAUAUAUUUUCUGAAUUGCCAAAUGUCAUUAAUACAAAACUGCCUAAAUAUGUAGAGCUAGAACUUUUCAAUGGUCAGACGUAUAAAUUAGAACCACAAGAAACACGAUUUAAUGAUACAAACAAUAUUAACAUGACUCGUUUGCAAUUACCACUUGCUCUUGGAUAUGCCAUAACUAUACAUAGAACUCAAUGUAUGACAUAUUCAAAAUUAGUUAUUGAUCUUGGUGGUAAAUAUUGGAAACCUGGCAUGUUUUACACAGUUCUUAGCAGAACCCGUCAUAUUACAGAUAUUAUAAUAUUAGCGUAUGAUCGGAAAUCUUUUAAAAUUUCAACAGAGGGUUUGAAGGAGAUUGAACGUUUACAAAGAAUAGAAAGAGAAAAUCCUAUUAAAAUCGAUGAUUAUUUAGACGAAAUAAAUCAUGUGCAUGAUUCAAAUACCAGUUAUACAUGUAAUAUGAAUAACAGAAUUACAACAAAUGAGAUAUUACAAUAUGCAUCAAAACAUGCUAGUAAACGAACGAAACUUACUGAUAGUAUUUAUUUUACAGAUAAUCAUAAUCAUAUCGAUAAUAUUAUUACACCUGAAGAUGUUAUACUUUGUGAAGAACAGAAACUUUUGUUUUGUGGUCGUCAUGCUCUGAGAGCACUUCUACAAAAUGUAGAAAUAUUCGACGAUACAUAUUUAAUUGAAAUAGCCAAAGACCUUGCAACACAAGAAAUAAUACUUCGCGAAGAUAUGCAUACAUGUCAAUCAACUUAUUUCGAUCGUGUCAAUGGUUAUUAUCACAUUGACGUUAUUCAGUACGCUCUUAAACAACAAUGUAAUAUUGAACUUGUAAGAUUAAAUAAUUUCAAUGAAGCUUCGGACGAGCAUUACAACUUAAUAAUAAAUCAUAUUCAUGAUGUGCAAGCAUUGUUUAUUUGUCAAGAUGAUCAUUAUUUUUGUGUACGAAGGUUCGAUAACACUAUCGAACAUUUCUUUAUCAUUGAUUCUCUGUCACAUGAGAAACAUAAAACUAUAAGACGUAAUAAUAUUAACGAUUAUAUUAACUAUUUAGCUAAAUCCAAAGCUACAAUAUAUGUACCGGUAUCUGCUGAUAUUCUACAAAUGCAAAACAUUUCAUCUGAUUUAUUAUUUUCAUUGAUCCAUCCAUUACCAAUAUGUCUAGCAGACGAACUUCUUUUGAAUGUCGAUCAUACUACAAAUUUUGUUUUUUAA